AUGGCUUCCUCCGGCCAAGAGAAUGACCGUCGUCGCCAACGCCCAUCCGACUCGGGUCCGACAGGUGAAGAAAUCUAAGUAUGUCGAGCAGAACUCAGGAUGUUCUAGAAGGAUUGGUUAAAGAUAGUUCACUUAAAUGGUUGCUUGGGUCGAAGACAUAGAGAAUUCUCCAUCUGCUGGAUCCAAUUGGAUACUUGAGUUUUCUCCAGUAGCAAAUGUAGUUAUUCGCAGGUGUUCAAAGCUGGUUUGGAUGGCAUGGGCACGCAGCCGGCAACUAGACAUGCCGUGCAAGAACACCUCAUAACAGCUGCUGCCACAACCGGGACCUUGGUCAGGAAGGGUAUAACUGAGACAAAGGAAAAGGUUUCCGUUGGAAAGAUCAAAAUGGAAGAGGCAGCCAAAAAGACUGCACAAAAAAGCAAGACCAUUUUGACGGACAUCGAAAGGUGGUAGAAGAUUUUGUCACAGUGUAAGUAUCGGAUGUUGUUUAUCUGUGCUGAGUUAUUAAGAGAGGUUGUAUUACAGUGUCAUGUAGGUUAUAGUAGCUAAGAUAGUGGUAGUUUAUUGAGAUGAAGAUUCUACUCUUUUCAUAGGCUUAAUAAAAUGAUAAAUAGAUC